UUUAUAACUAAUACUAUUAUUUUUAUUUUAACAUAAUAUAACUUGAUAAUAUUUUGUUUCUUUUUUUUUAAAAGAUAUUGAAUAUGAAAUAAAAAAUACUAUUGAUUGGUGAACCCAAGAUAAUUCGGAAAAACUUGCGAACUAAUUGAUUAUUUCAGGUGUUUCCUAAACUUUUAAUAGGUUUUAUAUGUAUAAAUAUUGAAUUGACGAUGAUAUUAUCAUAAUCUACUCUAUUAAAAUAGAUACUAAUUUUUAUCUACGAUAAAAAAAUCCUAGUAAGACUAUCUCAUAAUAAUUAAUAUCUAAUAAAUAUUACUCCCAUUGUUUUAGGUAUUAAUUUAAGUAUCCUAUAUUUUCUGAAUUUAAAUACUAUACUAAUAUCUCUAUAACAAACAAACCAUAUUUCCUAACUGUCUUAUUAUCAUAUUCAAAGAAUACGUAAAAAUCUUGAAAGUUGCUUAUUUAUUAUUAUAUUAUACUAAAUUGUUAAAUAAUAUCCCGUAAAUUGACUAAAUGAUAUUUAUAGCCUUAGAAAUUAUAUUUAUUCUUCUAUGUUUAACCAUAUAAGAACUAGGAUGUUAGGGACACAACAAAUAGAAGCUGAAUUAAAAUACUACUUAUUUAGAAUACAACACAAUAAUUCAAGUAAAGCUAUAUUUACCAGAAAAUAUAUUUAUAAAUUUAAAUAAGUGGUCGAAUCCUAGAUUGUAACAUCAUUCAAGUUGCUUCACAAUUUUUUUGGUAAUCUUUGGUUCAUAUAUAUGAACCAUAUAUGUUUAAUUAAAAAUGUUUUCAAUUUCAAGAUUUCCAAUCAAAUCAGAUUGCAAUUGGGUUUAGCUAUGGAUAACAAAUUUUUUUGUUAAGUACUAAUUAUUAACAUAUUAGCAUAUUGUCAUUGAUAAAAUCAGAUACGAUAGCAACAUCAUAGUAAAUAACCGAACAUAUAAUCUACUAUUUUAACUUCUAUAAAAAAUAUUUUGCCAAUUUUGUAAACUAAAUUAAAGAAGAAACAAGAAAUAAAUCUAAAACCGUGUUUUAACGCGGAUGUUUAUUUUAAGGUAACCAUGUUUUAUGUCUAAUGACUAAUCGGUCGAUCAUGUUAUUGGUAUGCAUGAACGCGUUUAGUACUACGAUGUAGAUUUCUCGUUGAAGAACCAUUACAUUAUUUGAGCCAAAUUGGAAUGUUUUCUGACUUACAAGAAAUAGCCGGAUCUUUAUGUUAUUAAACUAUCACGUGAACUGCAUGGAUCGAAAUUCAAAUCCAAACUUUUUAUUUAAUUGUCAUAUUAUGUCAAAGGAGACUCAAACCUUGAAAGAGUGUUAACAUAUUUAUUUAGCCUAUAACUUAACCACAAUCGUGCGGCCGUGCGGGCACAAAUACAAUAUCUUCCGUUAGCUAUAUGUUUAAUCAAUUAAGUGUUAAAAAAAAACUUGUUAUAUGAUAGACAAUUCAAAUUCCUUUCCUCCUGAUAUAAAGAAGAAGAAAUAUUUAUUUAUCUGAAAGUGAUAAAAUUAUUUUGUUACGUUGUACUAAUGAAUCAAACCCUUCCCAUUGGGACAAUGGAGCAAUGAAGGAUGGGCUCUAACACAAAUAUAUUCUUGUUAGGCCUGAAUUUAGUAAAAAGGGAUAUUGGUCCUGUAAGACAGUAACCAAUAGACCCAAUAACAAUGCAGUCAAGUUUGGACCUUCUACACGCGUCUCGGUUUAUAAAAAGAAGUCUUGACAAAAAAAAAAGUUCGAGUACCCAACUACAACUUCGGAUGAAAAGGUUAGAGGCCACGUACCAUGUCCUUGAAUAAGUACCCACAAUAAGAGCACUUAACAAUAUUUUAAAAUAAAUAUGAACUUUUACAAAUAUGACUUUGGCAUCACUAUUUAUGGAAAUGUUGGUUGAUGAAUGGUGUGCUACGCGAAACGUCUAAACGUGUCAGUUAAGCAUAUAACUUUCUACUAACAAUUUAGAGAGAUGAGCCAUGCGGACGAAGACACAUGUACCAAUACUAAUAAUUUAAAAUAUGAGAUUGGGAUGAUAUUGGAGGAGUGGCGAUGGCAGUAUCAUCACCAAAAAGAGCACUAAGAAGUUGCCGCCCCACUUUGUUCACUAUUGUUCACACACAUCGGUCAAAGGAAGCUACUAGAACUUACGUGACUCUUACGUUUCCAUUACCCUCAGUUCCUUAUAAAUACAUACAAAUGCCAACAUUCUCUCCAUAUACACCAUCAAGUGAUACAACCUCACAAUUAAACGGCUUCUCUAGCUAUCUUCAUUUAUUCUUAAACUUUCACAAAGAAGAAUCGUUCUAUCAUUGACUGAUUAGUUUGGUUCGUAGAGGAAGCGAUGAAAAUGGGAAGCCUCAAGUUCUUGGGAGGUGCUUUCUUGUUCUUGGUUAUUUUUGACAUAUGUUUAGCAGCUAGAUCACCAAGAGGUCUCGGUAGAGGCGCUGGUUCAGGUUCUGGUUAUGGUUCGGGAUCCGGGGGAGGCAAUGGUGGAGGAGGAGGUGGCGGCGGUGGUGGUGGUGGUGGUGGUGGUGGAGGAGGAGGAGAAGGAUCAGGUUCAGGGAGUGGCUACGGUUCAGGGUAUGGGUCCGGUAGUGGUUACGGGUCUGGAGGAGGAAACGGUGGUGGUGGGGGUGGAGGAGGCGGCAGAGGUGGUGGCGGUGGAGGAGGUAACGGAGGUUCCGGAUACGGGUCAGGUUAUGGAAGCGGCUCUGGAUAUGGGAGUGGUGGUGGUAGAGGCGGAGGAGGUGGCGGUGGAGGAGGAGGCGGUGGUGGUGGUGGUAGCCGUGGAAAUGGAUCAGGCUAUGGAAGCGGAUACGGUGAAGGAUAUGGGAGCGGAUACGGCGGAGGUGAUAAUUACGGGGACUCGCCCUAGAUGCAUUGUUAUUGAGAAUUUGAGACAUAAGCUUAUUUUUACAUGAUAAUAAUGAGGUGACAGAUUCUUUAUCGUCACAUAGACAUGCUUAUAUAUUAUGUUGAGUAUUCUUUCGUUAUUGAAGAGAGAGAUUAUAUAGUUUCCAUUGUCAAUAAAACAUGCAUAUUUCCAUGCACUAUAUAUACAAUUCUUACGACAUGUAUACAUCAGUUUCUACUAAAUACUUUGGAAUUUGGAUACA